AUGACAACUCUAUCCAUCGGCGAGCCGCGCUCUGUGGCAUCAAACAACGAUAUCCAUGGCGAGGAUGCAAGGGGAGGACAGAACACCACAAAUCUCGACUGCUGUGUGUGUCUCGAGAAGUUCCAACAAAACGAGGUAACUCGUGUUGGAUGUGAUCACACUUACUGUCACGGCUGCAUCAGGGAGCUGUUCGUUAGAUCGCUCCACGAUCAGACCCUGUUCCCACCGAGGUGCUGCGGUCAAGAGAUCCAGCUGGCACUCGUCGAGGGCCUCUUGAACGAGGAGGAAAUUGACAACUUUAACAACCGCCACAUCGAACAUACCACAGCCCACCCCGUUUACUGCGGUAAUCGGGCGUGUGGCGCGUUUGUUCGUCCAGAACUGAUCACUGGUGACAGGGCCCGUUGCACCGGGUGCCUGAACCUGACAUGUACCAUGUGUAUGUCCCCCUACCACUUUGAUGCCGACUGUCCCGAGGAUCCGGCCAUCCAGAACACGCUCGCGCUCGCGAACCAAGAAGGGUGGCAACGGUGCCCCUCGUGCCGUACAGUCGUGCAGCUCGAUCGGGGCUGUAAUCACAUGACGUGCCAUUGCGGUACACAGUUCUGUUACCGAUGCGGCGCCAGGUGGCGGACCUGCGCCUGCGCUCAGUGGGAGCAGGGACACCCUUUCGCGGAGCCGGAGUGGGUGAUGCCGCCGCCGCUCGCCCGCGAUCAUGGCCCUCGCGUGCGCGAACUCGAGGAUACAAUGCAGGAAUUGCGAGAGUUCCGCAACAUUGCACUGCAUAUGCGCGGAUGCCUGGCACUGGGACACUUCCGCCGCCGACACGACGGGGGCGAACGCGGCUUCCAGUGUGAACUGUGCCAUUCUAACCAUAGGUGGUACAUUCUGGAGUGCCUGCAGUGCGGACGCCAGAUCUGCGAGCGAUGCCGUCGCAAUCGGAACUGA